AUGGCACAAGGUAUUAUAAUUGAUCCUGAUUAUAUGAUUGUUUUUUAUGAUUUCCAUCGGAUGUAUGCACAAUAUGAUAAAUUAUUUGCAAAUCACUAUAUUAGUUUUCAUCAACAAAAUGAGUAUUUACAAUUUGUCUUUCAUCAUAACCAAUUAGAUAAAACAGUUCCUUUCUUACCGGGUAAUAUUGCUGAAGAUAUAACAACUGAUAAAUUAUAUACGACAACUAUAUCGAUCUCAAGAAUACUUGCACACAUAAUGAGUCGUUUUGCCGAUAUUGAUCUCAGUAACAAGAAACUUUCACCCAUCGAUGGCUAUUGGAGCUAUCCACUUGUCCCACUCGAAAAAGCUUUGGAGCCCAUCUUGUCUCGCAUAGAUCAGUUAGAUCGUUCCAUCAAAGCGGCCAAAAAGCAUUGUCAUUAUCCAUCAGAACAUGAUCUCACUCGUGAUGAAUCGGCUGCUUUGUAUUUGUACACGAUGGAAGGAGGCGAUAAUAGCUUCUAUCGAGUAUUAAACCAAGCAUUGCGAUUAGAAGACCGACGUUUAGUCAAACCGUGGUUCUCCUAUCUGAAAUUGUUCGACACAGCACUCAGCAAAUUACCCACUGAGAGAAGAAACAUUUGGCGAGGUGUGCCUAGUGAUAUUACCAAGAAUUUCAAGAAGAAUCAAGAGUUACACUGGUGGGCUGUGAGUUCUUGUUCGUUAUCGAUGGAUGUCAUCAAAGAUUUUCUAUCACGCGACACAAUAUCGACUCUUUUCUUGAUCCAGGCUGUAAAUGGCAAAAAUAUUACUGGUUACACGAAUUAUCCUAAUGAGAAUGAAGUGUUGUUGGGACCGGGCACUCAUUUACGUGUAGAGAGCAUUGCAUUGGAUCAUGCUGGUGCUCUACAUGUUGUUCAUUUGGCAGAAGUGAAUGACGAUAGUGAUACACAAUUGCCAUCAGCUAUGGCUGCCGUGUACAUAACGCCAAAAUCAUCAAAUGAAGGUGCAUCCGGUGAGUAUAAAAUUCAUUUUCUGACGAGACAACAAGUUCGAGAUGAUCUAAAACUUGAAUUACCUAUAGAAUAA